AUGUUAAGAAAGGGAGACAAACCAUUACAACAAAUCGUUCAUAGAAUAAAUUCUUACCUUGAUGCUCGUAGAAGAGCCAAAACUGCAGAGUAUGAUAGCAGUGACUGUAGUGAAGAUAAAGACAGUAGAAAGAAUCGUAAAAAAAUAGUAAUGUCCUCUUCAGAGGAUGAAGGUGAAAUUAGUAACAUUGCAGAUCCCCCUCAGAGAACGUCGAAAAUUGGGAAAUCCUCCGAAUUACAAGACAAGAUAUUACCUGCCGCGAACACCAAUGCCAAAUUCCCGAACACUAUCGCUGAAGUCACUUCGAAUAAUAUACAACAGCAAGAAGUAAUUGCUAGAUCAGAUAUCGUUCUUGAAUUUGACUGUGGAUGCUGUUUGAUACACAACAAGAAAGAUAUUGAGGCAUUAUCUGUUAUGAAGGAAGACAUAAAAACGAUAGUUUCUGACAAUUUCAAGUACUUAUCAAGGAAACAGAAUAUGAUUACCACAAUGAUAUUUGACCUGGUCAAUGAAGUUCGAAAAAUUUCAGAAGAAAUGAAAAGUAUUGGAAAUCAGGGCGUUUUCAAUAAAGCAGACACAGAGGAUUAUACUUCUCUUUUCAAAAAUGUUGAUUUACCCAUAGACUGUGCUGAAAAAAUGAAGCAAUUCGAAGAAUUUUUAUCUGAAGAAAAAUACUUCAUAGCAUCUAUACAUGAAAUAUCGAGAAUAGGUGAAGGUUCCCCAUAUGAAUUUGCAAGAAGGGUCUUUGGAAGACUGCUGACAAACGAAAUGGCUGUGCAAUAUACCUGGCUUGGCACGAAAGAAAAAGAAGCUCUAGUUAAAACUAAAUUAGCUGAUGUUUUGCUCAAGGCCUUUGAGAAAUGCAUUGCUUCAUGGGAUGUGAAGCAAGCUGAAGACGCCAUAAAGAAAUAUUUGAGAAGGGCGAGAGAAAGACUGGGCUCAAACAAGAAAUCUCAUUAG